AAGCAAAGUGACGAGUCAGAUAAAAAGAUUCUUGAUGUUUUGGAUGAAAAGAUAAAAGCACUACAACUACUAAAUAAACUACUGACUCCAUCUCUCUUGAAGAAGUUAACUAUUACCAAUUUGACGACAAUAUUAAACGAUAUCCACAUUCAACUUUUAAAGAUUAUGAUAAAUGAAGACGAUAAUCUUUCUUAUUUUCGUAUUCAAAGUGGGCAUAUUCACGGUGACUUUAAUAAAGAUUUCGGUAGAGAUUUCAAUGAAGAUUUCGGUGGAAGGAAGUGA